AUGCAUGCCUUUUUUAACAAGUUCAUUACGCGGAACAACUCACUUAUCCAAUUCGUCAAACAAUACAAUAAUUGCCUCGGAAGCAAGGAGCAAAGAGAGAGAGAAUCAGAUGCUGCAGAUUUUCACACUGUCAUACCGUGUGCAACAAAAUCAUCUAUAGAAGCUCAGUUUCAACAGGUGUACACUCACCAGAAGUUUAGGAAAGUCCAAGCACAAUUCAGAGGGAAGGUGAAUUGCAUCACAAGAUCAACAAACUCCGCUCUAGGUUAUUUGGUAUACGAAGUUGUAGAACAAGUUUUCAACUCAAUAUUCAAUAAGUUUGCGGUUACAUACGACUCGGUAGCAGCCCAAGUGAAAUGCCAAUGCUUAUUAUUCGAGUCAAGAGGGAUAUUGUGCCGUCAUGCUCUAAGUGUGUUAAGCUUUGAACGAGUAAACAAAGUGUCACCGAGAUACAUAUUGGAACUAUGGAGCAAGAAUGUAAAGAUGAGACACACACACAUCAAGAGCAGCCACGACGAGCCACUAUUGAAGCCAAGAAGCAAGAGGUUUGACGAAUUGGUGUUUCGUUUGCAAAAUAUAUGCGAAUUUGCAUCAGAAUCUGAGGAGCUUACUGCCAUUUUGCACCGCGCCUAUAAUAACAUCGUGGUUGAGAUGCAAGAACUGAAAACCAAAAGGAAGGGGACAUGUUCGUUAUCUCACAAAGAUGCUAACUUGGAAUCUAUUAACGAGCUUAAAAGUGAUGUUCUUUAA